UUCUGUAUAAAUAUAUAACGAUAACCGGUGCACUUUGACAUGCUCCUAGAACAAUGGCUAGCCUUAAAUUUAUGUCAUUUAUUGUCUCCUGCAGUAUAAUGAUCGCCGCCAGUAAUGCGGCGAGAGUAAUUCCACCAGGGGCGAUCGCAGGCGCUUAUUAUCCCUCAUGGUUUCAGUCUAGUUUCCCACCAACUGCCAUAGAUACAGCUUUGUUCACUCACAUCUACUAUGCUUUCCUCUUGCCAAACAACGUCACCUUCGAGUUCGAAGUACCUGAUUCGACUGCUGUGGCGCUGCUCAAUUUCACUACCACCCUUCACCACAAAAAACCCCAAGUGAAAACACUCAUUUCUAUUGCUGGAGGAGGUGCCGAUCCUCGGCUCUUUGCGAGGAUGGCAUCAGAGGCCAACUCACGUAAAGUUUUCAUAAAUUCAGCAAUGGAAGUUGCAAGAAAGUUUAGGUUUGAUGGGCUAGACCUGGACUGGGAGUUCCCUCAGAAUCCCAAAGAGAUGCAAGAUCUGGGCCUUCUGUUUCAGGAAUGGCGGGUUGCUAUCCGAAACGAGGCUAAGUCCACAAACAAGCCUCCGCUGUUACUCACGGCAGCCGUGUAUUUCUCCGUUGAGUUCUUAUGGUCUGCGGUCUACCGUAAGUUCCCAGUGGCGGCAAUGGAGCAAAGCUUAGACUUGAUUAACGUAAUGUGUUACGAUUACCGCGGUUCAUGGGAUACCUCAGCUACAGGGGCUCAUGCUGCAUUAUAUGAUCCAAAGAGUAACAUAAGCACAAGCUAUGGCCUUAACUCAUGGAUCAGUGCCGGAAUGCCCCGGCACAAAAUUGUCAUGGGGUUGCCACUGUAUGGUAGGACAUGGCAGCUCAAAGACCCGAAUGUAAAUGGAAUAGGAGCAGCUGCAGUAGCCGUCGGUCCAGGAAACGUCGGCGUACUGACAUUUUCCCAAGUGGAGAAGUUCAACAAGGAGAAUGGAGCCACGGUGGUGUACGAUGAGAAAACUGUAUCUACAUAUUCAUAUUCUGGAACAUCAUGGAUUGGGUAUGACGAUACCUCAUCAACGACGACAAAAAUAAGGUUUGCGAAGGCCCUUUGGCUUCGUGGGUAUUUCUUUUGGGCACUCAGUUAUGAUAAUGAAUGGGAAAUCUCAAGACAAGCUUUAAAGGCAUGGGGUGCUGCUAAAUGAUAAUAAUGUGGUUGAAGUAUCUAUUAGAAAGCAAAUUCCUUUGCUAAUAAUACUAACGACAAAGCUGAACAAAGGUUAUUAUUCCUGGCAAUUGUACUUUCAAUUGAUUUAUAAUAAUAAUAAUAAUAAUAAGACCUAUCUGCUUUCCUUUUA